CGAGUUUCACAUUAGCGCGGGCUACCCUCAAAAAGUUACUUUGACGUAUCGUCAGUUCACACAGUUCACUCAUGUGAACACGAUGAACGACUGUAUUCACGUUUAGUUCGUGUCCGUGCCGUGUAAACUUUUAAAUGGACGCGGAAUUGUUUGGAAUGAGCAGUUUUUGUGGGAAUGUUUAAUUGAAGCCUGUUCUCACGAAAAUUUGGAAAAACUUCAAGAGCUUGGAGGCUUAUAAAUACUUUGUUGCUGGUUGGGUGAAACAGGUCCUCGUCCACGAAAAUUCGGCAGGAAUCUAUCUUGUGCUUGGAAAGCGCACAAUGGCAGAACUCCCUUCUGGACUGUUAGAGGCAUGCGUGGUGGUUGGAGCCUCAAAUGAUAAACUCAGAGAUGUCUACCAGCUACAUCAGCAAAAAAAGUUUGUGGACUUUCCCCUAAUGGAUGCAGAGGUACUGCAAGUCCACAUCCCACCUUUUGUCACCAAGGAGACCAAUUCCAGUCACGCCAUUGGUCCGUCCUUUAGCCGUGUGCAGCGGCGGAGAAGUUUCAUUAAGAAGAGACGAGACCGAGUUGCAGGCCCGACUCAUAACGGGGAAUCCGCCAAUCAUUCUGAAGUCUCCUCGGCAACUGAGGACAUCAGCGUUCCAAAGGAUCUGGAUCUUAUCGCGUUACCACAGCUGUGUUUUCCAGGUGGUCUCCAGUUGGCCCAUGAGCAGAAAGAAGAUGCUUAUCACUUCCUAGUCUUUACUGACCUGUUGGGGAACCGAACUCAUGGAGUUGUGGCGCAGUUUUACAGAUCUGUGCAGUCCUGUCAGGAAGCUGCCAUCCAGAACGGCCAUCGCUGGAUUUCAUCGAAAUGCCGUCUUUUCACUCCCUUCGCCGUGUGUGUCAUUUCCAAGUUACCUUACUACAACGCUUUAAGGGACUGCUUGUCAUGUUUGUUGGCACAGCUCCGGCCCGUGAGGCAAGCCGACUUUGCGGAAACCUUGAAGGAGUUUUCCGCCAAGUUGUCCCUGGUUCCUUUACCGCCACCCGGACAACUACACGUGUGCUUUAGCCUACGUCCCCUGCAAGUGGUUCUUCCAUCUAGGGAGGAGCAGGACAGUCCUAUUUUUGACGUGGACUUGCACCUUCCUUUGCUCUGUUUCUCACACGCGACACUCCUCCAGAUUUUGUCCUGCCUCCUCCAAGAACAACGGCUGGUUUUCUUCUCAAGCGACUGGGCCAGACUCACUUUGGUUGCCGAGUGCCUCCUUCUCUAUCUGCAGCCUCUCACCUGGCAGCACCCCUACGUUCCUGUCCUGUCUCGAGGCAUGCUGGACUUCCUGAUGGCGCCUACGGCCUUCCUGAUGGGCUGCCAUAUUAGUCAUUUUGAAGAAGUAGCUGCGGAGACGGAGGAUCUCAUCCUGGUGAAUAUUGACGACGGUAUCAUUCAGUCAUCAUGGGCGGACGUCGUCGACCUAGCCACGAUUCCUCUGACUGCGGCUGAGUGUUUUAUUUCAAGAGCUGAGUCGCUACAACUUCACUAUGACUUGGAGCUGUGUCACCUGGGAUCGGCCACCGACGCCAAUGCCAUGCGAGCUCAGCGGCGAGCCUGGCAGAGACGACUCAACAAGCAGAUACAAAAUAUUUGCCUGGAACUGCUGGUCAACAUCUUUAGAGGAGUCCAGGACUUUCUAAACCAUGAGCAUCGAGUUUUUAACAGUGAGGAGUUUUUGAGAAACCGGGAUCCAUCAGACCAGCUAUUUUACAAAAAGGUUCUAGACACUCACAUCUUUCACUCAUUCCUGCGAGACAGGCUCAACAGGAAACAAGACAGCUUCAGCCGCAUGGAGCAAAACACGCGCAACCUUGCACAGAGGAAUCGCGGAGUGACAGAAUCACCCCGCCGUCCGCCCAUGUCCGAGCUGUCGCGGAACGGCUAUAACAGCUAUGCUAGCCCAGAUAACCGACUGAGCAAGCGGCUGGGAGCCAGCAUGCCCAACCUGGACCAGUCGGUCCAUGAAACUCUCAAUGGCAUCAGCCCCGUAAGACCGGCAUCGCUUAGGAAAAUGACCCCUGACAUUGGGUUGAAACUUCCUCAAAAACCCGUGAAGGUUUUCCGCCUCCCCGAAUUUCCUCCUCCUUUGGCAUAUCAUUACGUCCAGAACUAUUAUUCGGAAAUGGUUGCGAACCUAGGGAAGGCUAUUAGCGCCACUCCUCCUGAAGAAUCUGCUUUGCUGGCAAGGUAUCACUACUUGCGCGGUUUGGUCAACACAGUGUCAAACAGACGAUUGGACGCUUUGGAAGACUUCCAGAGUCUUUAUAAGACCGACUCCGACAUAUUUCCUCUGCAGAUGGUUAAGUCUCUGGUGGACUCACUUCCAGAAGCCGAGCGUUUGCAGGCAGACAGGCGCCCAGAACUGAAGCGUCUCAUCAGCCGCCUCAAGCGGGACCAGGAACGCGAGCGACACGACACAAAGAACGACGACGGAGCCGUAAAACGCUUCCAGCUACCGAAAAAAUACAUGCAUCUGGAUGAGUUUGUGAAGUGCGUCCAGGAAUCUGGGAUAGUGAAAGACCUAGGGACAAUUUACAGGCUUUUUGACGCACUCACUGUUGGUCAUCAGAAGCAAGUUGGCCCUGACUUGUUUCGAGUUUUCUACACUAUUUGGAAAGAGACUGAAGCUGAGGCACAGGAGGUAUGCUUGCCUGCAUCUGUAUUGGAGCACAUCGAACCCAGCGAGUGCGUCUUUAAGCUGUCCUCCUCGGUCAAGACGAGCCGCGGCGUGGGCAAGAUCGCGAUGACCCAGCGGCGGCUUUUCCUGCUGACGGACGGACGGCCAGGCUAUGUUGAGGUGGCGCAGUAUAGGGAUUUAGAGGAAGUAAAAGUGUCCUCAGCUCCUUUCCUCCUCUUACGAAUCCCCAGCUUGAAGCUGCGCGUGAGGGGAAGGAAGGAAGCUUUUGAGGCCAAUUUGAAGACUGAGACGGAACUUUGGAACCUUAUGGUCAAAGAGAUGUGGGCUGGACGAGACAUGGCUGACCAGCACAAGGACCCCCAGUAUAUGCAGCAGGCCUUGACUAACGCCUUGCUGAUGGACGCGGUAGUUGGCAGUCUCCAGAGUAGCAAAGCGACUUACGCCGCCUCCAAGCUAGCUCACUUUGACCGCAUCAAGAUGGAAGUGCCAAUGAUGGUUCCCAGGACGACCGCCGAGGCACUGAAGCACAAAAUUAAUCCUUCCUUGGAACUUGCCGCGCCUCGAUCCGUUGAUGUUCUUCUGUACACGCCAGGUCAGUUGUGGGUGUCAGUGAGCGGUGGCAAGGUGAUGGUGUUUGACGCCUCCAGCUGGUCCCUGACACACACGUGUCAAGUCGGGAAUGCCAGACUGAACUGCAUGCUGGCAGUAGACAAAGACCAAGUGUGGAUGGGUUCCGAAGAUUCCGUCAUCUAUAUCAUUAGCAUAGUGGCCAUGGUCUGCAACAGGCAACUGACGGAUCACAGGUCCGAGGUGACCGGACUUGCUCUCGACACAGACAAAUAUAGUCAGAAGGUGGCAUACUCCUGCAGCGCCGAGGGAACAGUUAUAGUGUGGGACGUCUCCACACUGCAGGUGAAGAAGAACUUUCGCCUCUCCUGUGACCGCCUGCAGUCGGUCUACAGCUAUAAUGUGACCCUGUGGUGCUGUUCCAGGGACAGCAUCAUGGAGGUGUGGCGGAAUGGAACUUUAAAACAUCGUCUCAAUCUGCCAGAGCAACACAAAGGGUCCACAGUUACAUUCAGCACUGUGCUGUUGAUACACGAGAGGGAGGAGCUAUGGAGCAUAUGUGCAGACUCUGGAGACGUAUGUAUUUGGCAUGCAAAAGAUGCGUCAAAACCUUACCACCGUGUGGCGCUUCAGGACUGCACAGGAUGUCAUUGCAUGAUUAAAGUGAAAAAUCAGGUGUGGGUUGGCGGCGUCGGCCGCACCUCCAGUAAAGGGAAAGUCUACAUACUGGACGUGGAGCGCCGCCAGGUCCUCAAGGAGCUCCACGGUCACAGCGACAAGGUGACGGCGCUGUGCUCGGCCGAGGACCGCUACGUCCUCAGCGGCGCCGCCAAACACGAUGGCAAGAUCGCCAUCUGGAAGGUGGAGUAGGGAGUGUUGUUUACAAUCUGCAUCCUCAACCUGGACAGAAACUCUGACGCAGAAAGCGGUUUAACUUUGUAGCCAAGUAUUACAUGAAGGCUUUUGUUCGGCAGCCUGGUCUCCAGCUGUGAAUUCAUUUUUUUAUUAGUUUUGCGUUAAUGAAACCUAUUUAGAGAAGUGCUCAUAAUGGUGCUUGAACCCAUUCAUGAGCUUACACAAGUUAUUUACCGGUAAUAAGAGCCAAAAUAUUUCACUACAUUGCUGCCUGGUAAAGAGGCAUUUUUUCUAAUCUUUCCACGUCGCUGCUCUUUAUCAUCGGCAUGACGCGGAAUGCAAAUUUUUACACUUUUGAAGGUUGUAUCAACAACCCGAGGAAUUCUGCAAAUGUGUGAAGUUUAUCGACAGGGAUUCACUUCUCCCUGAAAAUGAAGUCAAGUUAACCAGCAAUAACCACAUAAUCACUUUAAGGCCAGAAGGUGCCUCAAAUAUAUUUAUAUUUCACUGUUUAAUAUGUAUACUAUAAAACAAUAGGCAUUUUUUCCUGGUGUAUCUGUAUAUUUUAUUUUAGUUACUGUGCACUAUAAAGAAACUUCCUGUAAUGAAGGAAGAAACGCAACACAUUUAUACUUUUUUUUUGUAUGUACAAGACACUUGAGAUUUUUUUACAGUAAAUUGUGCAACGUAAACACCUAAAAAGUGCGUUUGUUGUUUGUUUUUACACCACUACACUCAGUUGCUACCUUCUACCAAAUGAGGGCGCUGUUAAUGCGUGUAAGUGAGAGCAAGUGAAUUUUCUCACUCAGCAUUUGGAUGCUGUCCUAAGGGCUCUUUAGUUUACCAGUGUACUCUUUCGUUUUAUGUAUAAAAGGAACAUAUUUUCUCAAGUUGACAUUUUUUUGUGUCUAAAUUGUCUUACAUGUAUGAAUUGGCUCAUUGAAGCCAGGAACCGUUUAAUCCUGUUUUGCAGGUCCGGAAAGAUAAGUGGAGCUUCUGUUUUUCUUGCGACUUCUGAAGAAGUUCUUUAAAAAACCACAGAGCAUUACUCACAUGAGAGAGGCACAGGUUUACAGUAGAAGUGAAAACACACCCUUGUAGUGUUUGAGCAACAACAACAAAACUACUUCCGAGAAGAGUCUCCACUGUUGAACAAGUCGAUUCAGUUGGAUUCAGCAGGAGCAAUGAAAGAAGUCAUGACAAAGGAGCUCAUUUCCUAGAUAGGCCAUUAAAAUGAAUAUGCACUCACAUGAGAAAAUGAGAAUUGGAAAAAAAAAAUCCCCCCAAAACAUUUGUGUUGUCGGUGCAGCCAGUACUUAUGUUGUAAAAUCAGCAGACAGUGCGAGCAGUUAUGCCCUCAUGUCUGAUGGAUAUAAUAACAUGAACAUGACGCCAGCUGACUUGCAACUGCUAAAAGAGGUUAAUCCAAGGGCAUGUAUGACAGGGUUCACAUAUGGCCCAACCAGUAUUGUUUUUUAGCCUGAGCAUAUUCAUGAUCAGUGUGAAUGUAAUAGUUUUUUUUUUAAAUUGCAAGUUAUUAUAUAAGUUCAUAAUAAUAAUGUUAUCCUUCAGAACAACAAUUUUACUUACAUACAGUUGGGCCAAUAAGUAUUUAGUCAACCACUAAUUGUGCAAGUUCUCCCACAUGAAAAUAUUAG